ACUUCCACUCUGCGUCUCCUCGCGGACUCCACACCUCCACCAUUCCGAACCAGGUUCAACCAGCUGACCGCGGCCGAAAACCCCCCCUCAUGCCGCCGCCUGGCAAACCCUACACCCGCUCCGCCGCCGCCGCCGCCGCGCCCGAGGCCGACGAGGUCGACCCCGACUACCUCUUCUUUUUGCACCACGUCCGCCUGGACGGCGACGCCUACGCGCUCUACAUCCCGUCCAAGGACGGCGCCUCCCCUCCCGAGGUGAUCAGGUACGAGCAACCCCUCCCCGGCAGCAAUGUCGGGGACCCCGUCACCGGCUCUGAGUACGGGGGCCAAGGGGCCCCUUCCCCGUCGGAGGGGGACUCCUUGGUCGCGCGCAAUUCCCCGCACGCGGCCCCGUACGGCGCCGCUUCCCCUCUCUCUUCAGGCGGCAAGCGCAAGGCCCCAGAGCCGAGCCCCCGCGUGGAGGCCCGGAGCGGCGCGGUUCCCAUGGAAGAGGACCCGGCGGCGCCGGCGCUGGAACCCGCGUGGUACGACUCCCUGCUUGGCAUCGACGAGAGCUACCGCCUCUUCCUCCGCCACGUUCAUGUGGUGAAUGACGGCACAGCCGUGUUGAAGAUGGGGAACUUAACUGUCCAUUUGGGGGACGACCCGGCCGUAGACAAAAGCGACGCUGGGGAGGAUCAAGGUGAGUCCAUUCUCGCGUCAGGGCAUUCAGGGGAGGACACUGUUGGUACGGAAGAGGAGGAGAACGUGGAGGGAGAGCAAGAGGCGGGGCAUGGUUCUGAUCUGCAGAUCGUGAACGUCGUUGAUUCAGAUGUACUUGUGGUGAAGGAGGAGGAGGUGAGCGAAGAAGAAGAGGGCGAGGAGGACACGCAAGAGGAUAAGGUGGACGAAGAAGGUGAGGAUUGGGAGGCGGAGGCGCUGGACUCUUCUGGGAAGAUGGUCGAGGGUGAGGGGAAGGAGGUGGUGCCUGGAUCAGAUUUGCAGAUUGUCAAUGUUUUGGAAUUUGAGUACAUGGAGGAGGACGACGGAGAGAUGUUGAGUGCACCAAUCAAGGGAAUAACAGAGUCGCAGUCAUGUAACAGGGAAGCAAGCUCAAGCAAGUGUCAUCCAGCCAAACCUCACAAUGCUUCGGAAUUACAAGGCGUUAUAUGGCCCCCACAUAUUAUUGAGAGGCCAAAUUCAGUUUUCAAGAAGAAUUUGAUGGAGAUUCUCAACAAACCAUUUAAACUGGAAGAAUAUGAUAGGUAUGUUGCCCUGGCCACUAAUCGCAGUCCAAUUGUCAAGGAGCGAAGGACCCGUCAUAAUGUGGUGUACUAUCCCUGGAAGCAUGAGAUGGGCAAGUCAUACUUUGAUAGUUACCCAGAUUUUGCCGAGCAAUUCAGACUCCAAGAGAAUAACUAUCCCAAUCGUUUGGCUCUUUUGCGUGGGUUCUUCUUCUGGUUGCAGAAUGUUGGGCAAGAAGACCAGUUCAGGCCAUGGACAGAUGAUUUCAAAGGAUACCGAGUUGUUUCCUUCCCGUGAGAGGGUUACCCAUACUAAGCUGCCACUCCCUCCUGCCCUCCUGUUUCAGAAAGAAAGUCUUUCCUUGAUUUAGCGUGGCAGCCAGUGUGCAAAUUUGGAGUGUGCAAAUUUGGCUGGUAAUACUCAUGGAGUCAUUGGUGAUAACUAUUAGAAGAAACUAUGAAGACUAUGGGGUUGCAGAACCAGUACCCAAUCUCGGUGCUCUAAAAACACAAGUGGUGUUUAGAGUUUAGACAGUAGUUAUUUUGCCCAGCCACUCUUUAUGUGGGUACAACUGUGCAGAGUGACAAAAUGUUGAAACAUAAAUCGUGUAUGACUUUGCACCUAUGCAAUCUGAGUCCCGGAAUGCUGGAACUGCAAAAUAUACAUAUCGCUCAGCAACUGAAUGGAGAAGCCAAUUCUCUUUCAGUGCUGGGUUCAUUCUAUUUUGCUUCUGGGAUCUGGCUACUGUUGAACUUGACCCGGGGCUUGCCCAUGC